AUGGUCGGACAAUAUAAAGGAGUACAGUCUCGAAUUUUAAACAUAAAUUCUAGGGAUUUUUUCACACCAUGUACUGCUCAUAGUCUUAAUCUAGUUCUCUGUGAUGCAGCGAAAAACUCAUUAAGGGCCAUCAAUUUUUUUGGUAUAUUACGUCGCGUAUAUACUUUAUUUUCAGCUUCUGUUGGUCGCUGGGAUAUAUUAAAAAGUAACUGUAAACAAUUUACAGUAAAACAGUGGUCCGAAACUCGAUGGGAGAGUCGUUUAAAUAGCGUUAAAGCAUUGCGUUUUCAGCUGCCAUUUAUAAUGAAUGCUCUAGAAGAAGUUUCUAAUGACACUAAUGAUUUGGUAGCAAGAAGUGAAGCUCUAUACUUAUUAAAAGAAAUUUCUAGUUAUGAAUUUAUUUUAAGUCUGAUAAUUUGGUACGAUAUUUUAAUGGAAACGAAUAUCGUAAGUAAAAGUCUACAGAACCAUAAUAUGGACAUAUGUGUUUCAACUAAAUUGGUGUUUGGUGUUCUUGAAUAUUUGAAAAAUUACAGAGAAAAUGGUUAUGAAUCAGCCAAAAUCAAAUCAAAUGAAUUAGCAGAUUUAGUUGGCACAGAAUCAGUCUUCAAAAAAUGUAGACUAAGAAAAAAAAAGAAAUUAUUUGAUUAUGAAGCUAAUGAUGAAGUUAUUGAAAAUCAAGAAGAACAUUUUAAAAUAACAUAUUUCUUCGUCAUAUUGGAUCAGGCUAUUAAAUCAUUGGAUAAACGUUUUAAACAACUGGAAUCAUAUUCAAAUAAUUUUGGUUUUCUAUACCACAUUGGUAAAUUAAAAGAUAUGCAAGACGAUGAACUAAUGAAGUGCUGCAAAGACCUACACUUAGUUCUUUCGGACGAAUCUUCCAAAGAUAUAGAUGGCCAGGAUUUAUUUGCGGAAAUCGUAAUUUUUCGAUCUUUAGUUGACGAAGAAGUUACACCUCUUCAAGCUUUGGCAGAGUUAAAAAAAAAUGGUGGGUCAUUUCCAAAUAUUACAAUCGCAAUACGAAUAAUGUUACCAGUAGCAUCGGCUUGUGCAGAAAGAAGUUUUUCAAAACUCAAAAUAAUUAAGUCAUAUUUAAGAAAUUCAAUUGGACAAGACAAAUUAUCGGACCUUGCAUUGCUCUCAAUUGAACAAAAGAUGUCAAAAUCGAUAAAUUAUGAAGAAGUCAUCAAUGCCUUUGCUCAGAGUAAAUCGAGAAAAAAAAUAUUUUAA